AUGUCAUCGAUGCAUGAUGCACCGGCCCAGACCGUGGUGUCUUCAAUCCUCAAUGACACCAAUCUGGCAGUACCAGAGUACAUAACACGGCAUGCACCGCUUGUUUAUCUUCAUUCAAACGAUCCAUUCUUGCCAGCGGAUAUCCUCACUCACGUCCGACAUACGACUCCUAUGAUCGAUUGCAAGCCCGUCCCUGAUCUACCAGAACUUGAUCUUGAUAACCUGGCCAUCCUCAACGACGUCCCUGUCCACGGCGAUCAAGUAGUCGCACUUACUUCCAACGACAAUGUUACGAACCUACCGUCAUGGCUUCUCGGAGAAGCUCCCGAUGAUACCGGCAGGAUAGCCAACUCCACGCCGUGCAUUGUUCUACUCGUCGAGCGGAGUCAACGAGAUGUUGAUGCUUAUUUCUUCUAUUUUUACUCUUACGACCAGGGUGCAAAUAUUUCGCAGGUGUUGCCACCCUUGAAUAGUCUGGCGGGGGGCAUGGCUGAUGGGAUGCAUUACGGUGACCAUGUUGGCGACUGGGAACAUAACUUUGUUCGCUUCCGCGAUGGAAAACCUACUGGGAUUUAUUACAGUCAACAUUCAAGCGGCGCAGCAUAUAAUUGGAAUGAGGAAGGCUUGUCACUCAGGAAUGAUCGGCCUCUUGUAUUUAGUGCCUGGGGCUCACACGCCAACUACGCAUCGUCAGGUGACCACGUUCACGACAAAGCUCUCUACGACUGGUGCGAUGCAGGAAUACUCUGGGACCCCGUUUUGUCAGCGUACUUCUAUCACAUGGAUCCCACAACCUUCAGACUAACGCGCCUGUCGCCUCCCGGAUCGACGUCACGUCCGGCGACAAAUUACACAUCAUUCUUCUACUUCACCGGCAUAUGGGGUGAUGCAGAAUACCCAGAGAAUCAUCCUAAUCAAAGAAAGGUUCCUUACUUUGGUCUCAAGCGCUACGUCUCAGGUCCACAAGGUCCAAUCUGGAAAGGACUUGUAAGAAAAGGGCUGUUUCCCGAUGACCCUGAGCCGAAGAAGCUGAUCCAAAAGCCUAAUGUAUAA